UAUAUGAAUUGGAAGAAAUACGUUGGGACGCUGAUCAAAGAAAGACCCCAAAUAAAAAAGAAAGAAAGUUGCUUGUUUGCUAUCUUUGCCUUGCUAUUGAAGUUUGAAAACUAUAACAAUUUGUGGAAGCAUCAAAGGUACCAAAUGAAUAAUUUAGGAAAUUCGUUGAGUGUUGCUGCCUUAGUGCAAGUUUACUUUCAUCUAAUCUGUGAGAUCUGCAUUGCACGUGUUGACAGUAUGAGUUAGCAGUUAUAAGUUAAUCGCAUGUUAAUCGUAACAAUGGCGAAUUCAUGAAUGAAUUGAUGCCUUGCAGUAUUAGUCGAGACAAGACUUUCGCUUUAUACCGGAGACCGUAAUGCAAUAUUUCCCCAAUCAAUGAUCGAAAUUGUGAAAUUGUUAUAUUAUCAAUGUCCUUGAUCCGACCUUAUUUAAGCAGGAGCGAAGUUUGGUUGGCAAGUGCUAAUUUUCGUGUCACUUUCCAAUUUCCAAUUGAUUUUCACCCUAGUUCAUUAAUAAAAUGGUAUCCUGGGCAUAUGGCCAAAGGUUUACGCAUUAUGGAAUCAAAAGCAGCAAAAUGUGAUUGUGUUUUGGAAGUGCAUGAUGCAAGGAUACCAUAUACUGGACGGAAUGAAACGUUUUCCAGAAAUUUAGUUGGUCGACCACAUAUUCUUGUUUUGAACAAAGCAGAUCUUGGGUUCGGUCCCAAAAGAGGGAGCUUGUCAAAAUCUUUAGAAGAAAAUGGUAUAAGACCUAUAUUUUUAAAUAGUAAAGAUGCAAAACAAAAGAACAUACAAAAAAUAGUGCAACAAAUUCUUGACACAAUACAAAUUGCAGAAUAUGAAGGAACGUUUAAACGAAGGAAUCCAGACAAGGCAUAUCGUUUACUCGUGUGUGGUUUACCAAAUGUCGGUAAAUCUUCGCUUAUUAAUGCAUUCAGAAGAACAUACUUGAGAAAAGGAAAAGCAACUAAAGUUGGGGCUGAUCCAGGAAUUACAAGAUCAGUUCUUCAAAAAAUUCAGAUUUGUGACGAACCAAAAAUGUAUGCGAUUGAUUCUCCCGGAAUUUCAUCUCAUAAAAUUGACUCGCUAGAAACGGGGAUGAAAUUGGCUUUGAUUGGCUGUUUUCCAGAUCACAUGAUUGGACAUCAUAUUAUAGCUGAUUAUCUUCUGUACACUUUAAAUAAAAAGAAACAAUUUCGUUAUAUGGAAGUUUACGAUCUUCCCGAUCCUUGCGAUAAUAUUGAUUUUGUACUGCGUUACAUUGCUUGUAAAAUGAAGUAUGAAACAGCUGGUGGUUUUCCAGAUUAUCAUGCAGCAGCAGUAAACUUUAUUGCAACCUACCGUAAAGGGAAAUUAGGAACAUUUUACUUAGACGUAUAAGGAACUGUUCCAUUUUUCAAACUUUCUAUUGCACGUUUUGUCAGUGACGUAAUGGAGCGAGUAAAUAGGAAGAAAUGCCGAGAAUUUAAAGCAUGAAACCAGACUCUAUACUGAAGUGGAGUAAACGACGAAUGUUUAUAACUUUUGACCCUGAUUACCUUUGUACAUAUGAAGAAGUCCAUUUUGAUUGAGAAGUGUGAAUUUUCCUUAUAGUUAAGAAAAAGAAAAUAUGCACAGUUUGUCACGGUCCUCUUUGAUUUGAAUUAUUGCGUAAAUGUAAUUAUUAACCAAGUAAUGUAAAUUGAUUUUUUUAUCUCAUUUCAGUGUAUAUUUUCCAUUAAUUUAUUAUCAAAAGUAAAAAAGACUUGGAUAAAAUAUAAGAUAAAUGGACUACGUA